AUGGCGAACACACAAAAAUUGGUGUUUUUUUCUCUUGUGAUAUUAGCAGCUUCAAUGUUUAACAACAACAUUUUGGUUUCAGGUGGAGAGUACGAGAAUAAGAUCACGUAUACAUACUGCCUUGAAAAAAUUUUAUGUGUGGGCAGUUUGGCAUUUGAUGCGUGCUUACUUAAUUGUACCUAUAAAGGGUAUAAAACCGGAACUUGUAUAAUUGUUCCGGAUCCUAAGAAUCCUAGAGCAAGAUGUUGUUGUGGUUAUCCGAAGCCAUCAUCUAACUAA